CAACAAGAGUGGAGAAGACAGCAAAUUACCUAAGAUGUGAGAAGUCCUCCCUUGGCAAAAUAAAACCUUAUUUUCAAAAUGGACCGAAGUAAGCGGAAUUCAAUAGCAGGAUUUCCACCACGCUUGGAGCGCACUGAAGACUUUGAUGGUGGCGCUGGAGGAGAAGGGACUGCAUCCCAGAUAGGAAGAGUUUGUACCUCUUCAUACAGAGCCCUGAUAAGUGCCUUUUCCAGACUUACUCGUCUUGAUGACUUCACAUGUGAGAAAAUUGGCUCUGGUUUCUUCUCUGAGGUGUUCAAGGUAAGGCACAGAACUUCAGACCAGGUAAUGGCUUUGAAGAUGAACACACUGAACAGCAACAGGGCAAACAUGCUGAAAGAGGUUCAACUUAUGAAUAGACUCUCACAUCCAAAUAUCUUAAGGUUUAUGGGUGUCUGUGUGCAUCAAGGACAGCUGCACGCACUUACUGAGUACAUCAACUGUGGUAACCUGGAACAGCUAUUAGACAGUAACCAGCAUCUGCCCUGGACAGUAAGGGUGAAACUGGCAUAUGACAUUGCUAUGGGAAUCAGUUAUCUGCACUAUAAAGGCAUUUUCCACCGAGACCUUACAUCCAAGAACUGCUUAAUAAAACAUGAUGACAACGGAUACUCAGCAAUAGUGGGAGACUUUGGUUUAGCAGAGAAAAUUCCUGAUCACAGUGAGAAGUUACCAGUGGUGGGUUCACCCUUCUGGAUGGCACCAGAAGUUCUCAGAGAUGAACCUUACAAUGAAAAGGCGGAUGUGUUCUCCUAUGGUAUAAUUCUGUGUGAGAUUAUAGCAAGAAUACAGGCAGAUCCAGACUAUCUCCCUCGCACAGAGAAUUUUGGAUUAGAUUAUGAUGCCUUCCAGCACAUGGUGGGAGACUGUCCCCCCGACUUCCUCCAGCUGGCCUUCAACUGCUGUAAUAUGGAUCCAAACUUGCGUCCUUCAUUUGCUGAUGCUGUCAAAACACUGGAGGAGAUUUUAAACCGCCUGAGAAAUGAGGACUCGGAGAGAGAGAGAAAGUUUUUGAACCUUGACAACAGUGAAAGAAAACUCAAAGGGUCAAUUGAAAAAGGACCAGGAGUAAAACGUUUGAGUUCCCUGGAUGAUAAGAUCCCACCCAAGUCACCCCGUCCGCGUCGGAAUAUCUGGUUGUCACGCAGCCAGUCGGAUAUAUUCUCCCGCAAGCCUUCCAGGAAGAUAAAUGUGCAGGACCCCUACUAUACACCAAACAAAGGGUUAGGCCGGAAAGUAAAUCCCUUCAGUGCACGGGAGGACCUCAAGGGGGGGAAGAUCAAAUUCUUUGACAUGCCAAGCAAGUCUGUGAUCUCCCUUGUGUUUGACUUGCAUUCUCCAGAGGCAGGUGGAGGCCUGAAAGCCAGCCAGUCCCAGUUCCGGCAGGCGUAUAGCACAGACUGGCAAGAAUUUUCCCUUCUUCCUGGGAGGAGAUGCAGGUCACUUCCACUCUCUCCUGAAUUGCCACACAAGGAAUAUGGCCUGUUUGGGGGACUGUCUUCAACUGUCAGCGGCUGUGACCCAACCCAGCUAGGUGCAGAGGUUCGGCAAAAACUGCUGAGUAGCAGUAAAUAUGGUGUGUCAGAGAUUCCCCCCUUUCAAGCCAAGCCUCACAGGGCAGAAUUUCUUCCUGUACCAGGACAAGAAGAGGAUAUGGACUGUUCAGAUGGGCCAGUGGCCCAGGAAGAAAAUGGGUUUUGCCCUAUUGAGAACAUGUGUGGAGAUCCAGCAUGUAAUCAACCAUUAGUGCUGGCCCAGCCUGAGCCACUAUCUUACAAAAAGCUCCCAGUUGAGAAUUCAGUGAACUCUGAGGGACAUGGCUCCUCACAAGUGUUUGCAGGUUGUCUCCCUUCUGAAGAGAUGGAGGUGGAAGAUGACCUACUGAAAAAUACUCCGUUAGAGUCUGCAAAGCCUCUGUUCAGUGUUAGUCCUUCCACCGAGCUGAAGAGAGAGGCAUGGCCCUUCAGGGAGCAGGAUGGGGACAAUCCUGCCCCUUUGCCUCAGACCUUCUCCAACAUCUCAGCAAGUGGCAGCACGCAGUCAACUUGUGACAUAUGAAGAGGGGGCUCAAACUGAACAUGUCCUUGAGGGAACAGUUGUUCCCAGUCGCUUAAACUCUGUUUUUCUAUAGUGCUGGGCUUCACAUUCGAAAGAGACUCAGCAGAUGGUAGAAACUGGCUGUCAAACAGAUAGCCUCUGGAGAGACUGAUUAUUUUAACUUUAUUUCAAACUGUGCUUAUUCCCUUCCCUGAUUUGCAUUAGGAGGGGGAACUGCUCCAGCCAGAAUGGCCAUGUGGGCCCCACAGUCCUUCCAAGAGGCAGCAGCCAGAACAGGCACAGUGUAAACAGUUUGACCUGGAUUCCAGGAUGGAGCAUUUCAAGGCCUUAAGCUCCAUGUCAGGUAGAAAGAGUGACCCUUAGGUUUUCCCUCUUCCCCUGACUGACCAGCUGCUCUAAACCACUGCAGAUUUUGCAUUAACAUUCUGCAGCAGUGCAUGUGAGUCGCAACCUCUGUUUUAGAAACAGGCACAGAGAUCUUUCAGAGCUAUGUUGAGCAGAUAGGAAUGCUCUCUGGUCCCAGAGCUGCUGUGAAUGCUGUUGCAGCAUUAAACAAGCUCUUCUUUCAAAACCAGCAAAAACAAAACCCCUCAUGCUGGUCGCGAUCUGCAGGCUGAGUCACAUGACAACUACUUUGCAAUUAACAAGAAGAAUCUGUUCCCUGCUGUUUCAUUUUCCCUUGGGAUUUGGUAAUGAUGUGUAAUACAUAAGCGCAGGGAAGCAGGAUGUGGUAAGCCCCGCUCUCCUCCUUGCACAGCUUUUCAUGGACCUCAACCCAAAUGUGGAAGAUUUUCCCAGGGCGCAAGAGGAGAGCCAUAUUCCAGGCAUUGUCAUUUCUGGGCUUCUGGAGAAACUGCCAGUGAAAGUACCAGUUGUACUGAGCUUUUUGCAGGGGUGGGCUCUUAUCUCUGAAGAGCUGAAUGGACAGACAUCAUGAUGUGUUUCUGCAGAAUAGUUGGUUAAAUACAAUAUCUACAUCACAGUUGACUAUUACCACUAAGCUAGAAGGGUCAUAUUUGCCUCCCUCUCUGGAACGAUAUCCCAUCUCAUUGAUAUCACUGCAGUAAUGAUGGCUCCUUAUUUAAAACCAGGCUGCUUGAUAGAGGACAGGAAUCCCCUGCUCAGGGGAAGUUGCCAGCAGUGUUGCAGCCACACAAGUGCUCUUGGAGAGGAUAGACAGUAGACUCACAGAAGGGCUUUGAAUAGUCAAACUGAAAAAAAUUAGCUUGUUUCAAAUUAAUUUUUUUUUCUUCUACAGAAAGAAGCUGUUGUCUUCAUCGGCUUCUCCUGUCACUGAAUAGGAUGAUCUUCUUUUUUUGUUUUUUUUCUUCCCUCCACCAGCAGGUACGUGUGGAACCAGCAUCAGAGAUCCCAGCUCUAGGAUGCGAUGUACAGGAAAGCUUGUUCUGUGAUGACAUUUGGCAACAUCCUGCCCUUUUCCACUAUCGUUGUCCCAACAACAUGGGAUUUCUUAAUUUUUUUUUUUUAACCUGUAUUAUCAUUCCUAACCGAGGUAUGCAUUACAUGCCUGCUGAGCAGAUGGUGAUGCAGUGGAGUCCAGAAUUUCAUCCCGGUAGCCUGUUAAACUCUCUUCCUGCUCUCUUGUAAGGAUGGAAAAUGUAAGCUAGUCUCUGAUAGAAGCAAGACUACUCCUACUCUUUUCCUAUCUCAAAGAAAGGAUGAAGAAGAAAGCCUUAGUUCUUUCUUGGCUGAGAUGCUUAUCUUUCCAGAGGUGUAGGUAACUAUUCUGUGAGUUUUAAUUAUGACUUCCUCCUGUGAAGUAUGUGUUAACCUGAGCAGCAGUUAUCCCUUUGCAGUGGCUGUGAAGAAUUAAAUGAGAAACCCAGUGUCGCUGAGUUACUUAGCACAGUCCAUGCCAGAUUAGGCAGCUGUUAGCGGUUUGAAAGAGAAGAUGCCUAUCCUUACCAAGAUCACCCCUUUUGGCCCACACCUCUCUGCCUCUUGAAGGUGCUGAUCUGUAGAGUAGUCUGUCUUGUGUAUCCUGUCUGCAGGGCUGGUGUCUGCAGAGUGCAGAGUGGCUUGUAUGGCUGGCACUGUGUGUGUUUAAUUUCCUUUGACGGCAGGG